AUGAGAUCUGCACGCCCCUCUGCCCUCAUCGGCACGGCAUCAAUCCCCAUCCCAUGCCAUGCGCCCUCUCCUCCCCACCCUGCACUGCACUGCAGCACGCCCCAGGACUCCCCCACCGCUCGCUCCCUCUGCACCCCACCCAUGCUGCUCACAGGGGCCGACCAGCAGGCCCCAGGAGGAGCACGAGUGCCGGUGGUGGCAGCGGUGGCGGAGGCGGCCUGUCUGCUGCGCCUGCUGUCGCUGCGCCGCGCGCACAUGGCACAUGCCCUCGCCACCGCGCCCUUCCCGCCCCGGUACAUGGUGGAGAUGGCGGGGGAGGGCGCCUUCAAGGUCAAGUGGGCCAACGGGGCCACGCUCACCCUCACCGCCUGCAACGACUGGCCAAUGCCGGGCGGCCACCUGGCAGUGGCUGACGUGGAGCUGCCUCACACAGAGCAGUCAGGCGAGGAGAGGCAGCAGCUUCUCUCGCUGCUCUCCACCGCCGUGCUCAUUGCUCUCCUUCCCCCUCCCCCUGCGCCAUGGCAGGGCGACGCGCAGCAGCAGGACGGCGCACCUCCACCCCCGUCAGCCCUGGGCGGUGUGAUAGCAGCGGCAGGGGCAUGCCUGCGCAAGGCCAUGAUGGUGACGCUCAAGACCACUUGA